AAUAAUAGAUCCGCACUGAAGAAAAAUACGCCAUUUUAAGGGUUCUGUGCGAAAAACCGGCAAUGAUAAGAAAUCCUAGAGGAAGGGGAAGGGGUCGAGGUGGAAUAAUACAACCAAUGAUCCACCAAAUAAACCCUCCACCUGGAAAUUAUAAUAGAGGAGGCAAGGUUAAAAACAACAGGAAAGAGCCGGAACGUCCAUUAUAUAACGCAAUAUUUAUAAUAUGUGGUAAUAGUUACCCUGAGGACGAAUUUAAACAAGUUUUUUCUCAAUACGGAGAAAUCACAAAUUUUCGACAGCAAAAAAAAGAUGAAAGAAAAGUAUACACCUUUAUCACCUUCUCUAAAGCAUCUGAGGCUGCUUUGGCCAUAGAAGAGAUGAACGGAAAACCGUUGAAUGAGUCUGCUAACGAUCGUCUAAAGUGUAUGUUAGCAAUGAGUAAAGAAUCUCGUGGGUCGGGUGAUAAAAACGAGGAAAAAGGAAGACGUAUAUUCUGCAGAAUUCCAACUGAUAAAACAGUUGAUGACUUGAAAGUUGAAUUUGGUGAGUUUGGUGAAAUUCAGCAUGUUAAAUUGCUAAUGAAUAAAGAAAAUGGAAAAUCGCGAGGUUUAUGCUUUGUGACAUUUAAAAGGCCUUAUUGUGCAGCCAAAGCUUUAGAGAAUGUUCCAGAAAACUAUAAACCUUUGUUUGCGGAGGAGAGGCCUAAAAGCGAAAGGGUGCAAGGUGGAAUGAUGACAGAUGGUAUUAGGGGAGGAGGAUACGAAGACUUUACAGAUUCUAAAUUUAGCAAUUAUGAAGUAUUCAAUCAAGACUUUUCAUCCAAUAUGUACAGACAAAAUAAUCUCGGUCCGGAACCGAUGUCAUUUAACGGGGUUUGCGGUAACGAUGGCUUUUACGAUGACAAUUACGAGGAUAUGACGUAUCAUAAAAGCCAUUUUGGUUCGUUCAAUGAUCCCUAUUCGUACGAAUUGAAACCUAGUAUAGUACCACAAAGGGCUAUUAACGCAACUGAUGUCAUCAGUAACUUCCCUAAUGACGGGAAAUUAACACUGCAUGUUCAAACUGGUAAGGGUAUUACAGCCGAAAAUAUUGAGCAUUUGUUUAGGAUUGUUCCAAGUUUUGAAUCCUGUGCAUUUGACUCCUCAAGAGGAGAGGGAACUGUUAGAUACGGGGAUUCGGCUUGUGCGGCCUAUGCUAAGGACAGAAUUGAUGGUUUCCUUUUCCCGAAUGGUUCAACAGUUUGUGUUGCUAUAUACAAACAAGAGCAGAAAGCUUCAGAAAUAAGCCGGUUAGAAGCUAAUUUAAUAGAGCUCACAGAAAAAUUAAGCCAGGCAACGACUGGAGAAGAGAAGGACAACAUACAAAAUAUCCUUGAUAAUGUCAUUAAAGCCACAAGCUUACUGAAAGGCAAGGAAGGAGAAGAAGAAAAAGCAAAUAUCUUUUCAGCAACAAGUCAACUUGUUCGCGUUCGCUACUGCGCAUUUCUAGUCCCAGAAAUCAAAGAAAUGGUUCCACAGAUGGAAUGUGGUGAAAGACUAUUUAUAGUUGCCAAGCCAACAUAUUUUAGUGACAGUGUGUUAAGAAAUUUGUUCUGUCGUUAUGGCAACCUAAUCGAUGCUUACUUUUUACCGGGCAAGAAUUACGGUUUUGCAAAGUACGGGACACUAGAGAGUGCUCAAGCAGCAAUUGAGGCCAUAAAUGGAAAAGAAGUUGCAGGACAACUUAUGAGAGUUGUUGUUGCAGAUCCUAACUACGCUUUUAAGAAGAGGGCAGCCAAUGAAGCUGAUGAAACUGAACCUGAUGCCAAAAGACCGAAAUAA